AUGCAGCCCUAUAUCCCAGACCCCGGGGCCCCGGCUUACCGCGACCAAGUAGCUUCCAGCAUCCAAGGCCUGGUGUCCGGACAACGGCCGCGCAAUCAGGCGAUGAGCGGAGUCGGUACUGGGCGGUUGAUGCUGGAGGGCGUGGUGGAGAGUUUGAGGAUUUAUCGGGAGUGGAAGGAGAAGGAGGAGAAGAAGAGGACUGAGGGGAGUGGAGAUGGGGAGCGGAAGAGGAGGGGAACGGGGAGAGGCGGAAAGAAAGAUAGGGGACAUAGUCACAGGUCUCGAAGACAUGGAGAAGAGAAACGUUCUGUCGAAGGGAGCGAAGAGCGACAUGGACACCGUCGUCGUCGUCGUCGUCGAGAGGCAAGAGCGGGUAGAGACGCAGAUCGAGAGGGUCGCGAAUGCCAUCACCAGGAAGAGAGCCAGCGCACUCAAUCUCCGCAACCUACACUGUCCAGUGCUUUAAACACCGAAGAACAGCUACUAGGCCCGGACGGCACGCCGUUCGGAUCGCUCCCGGUCAAGGGAAAGGGAGUGGGCAUCGCUGCGCACGCUAGGACUGUGUAUCGACACGUCAAAGCUGAGCAGGAGGCUGGACGUCGCAGUAAAGGGCUUGCUGAGAAGCAUCUUGGUGCUUUUUGGAAGAAGAGGAGGAGUGUGGAGAGGGAUGGUGAUGAGGAGCCGCUGGUCAGGAAGGGUGGGCGUCGUGAUCAAAGGAGUUCGGUAUCUAGGGAUCGCGAGGGUGGGAGACGCUCAAGAAGGGAUGGCGGUGGUGUUUAUGAGAGGGAGAGAGAUGGUGGACAGGUGGCAGAUGCAAGUGCACGUUCUGCGAAACCUGGACGGCCACCAACACCGUUCGCUCAGGGCUCAUCGCUACCAGUGAGACCGUCACGACAAGGCAGCCGGCAUUGUCGUCAGGAUAGCAUGGAUCCUGGAGAUGGACUGGAAGGUGGGGAGAGUAGCAGAAGUGCUGGACAGGCUCCUACUAUCCAUGUUCAAUCGCCCGCGCCGCCUGAGCCUACAAAGUCUGUACGGUCAGCGACUCCAUUCACAACGCCAACGCCUUCCAACGCUCCACCACCUCCUCCGAUUUCGACCGCACCGUUUAUGGUUGCGACGCCAUAUAACCUUACGCCAUCGGUAGCUGAUGUGCCAGUGCCUGUCGUUCCUGCUACUCCCUCGGCACCCUUACCGUCACGUCGACCACGUCGACCACCUCGACCACCUCCAACGCCACCUGCGCCACCUACCGGCGAUGCAGCUCGCGGCGCACUCAUGGCAGGAUUUCUAGGCGGUGCACCAAAUCUCCGUAAAGUUGACCCGAACAGGAAGAAACACUCCAAUAUGUUCUCAGCAGGUAGAGUCAUUGCUGGAUCCGACUCAGAAGGACGGCCGGUGUACGAGGGGACACCGCACAGCGAUGAAGUCGAAGCACGUGAGCAUGCUGAAGCGGUUGAAGAGCGGGAGAGAAAGGAGGAAGAAAUCUUCAGAAGUAAGGUCUCGAGUGUUUGA